AUGUUUGUACCAGCGGUGCCAAAUUUACGCCGAAAGCGCCGGAGCGCUUGGUGUGCGGGCAAACCACAAAGACCUCCAGUACAAGCGCCGCGUCUUCGCGCACUAUCACUGAGGUCUGCAAGCACGCGCCUGGUGCCGUUGCCACAAGCUACGAGGCGCCUCUGGCAGGACUGGUCUGCGCGUCUGUUAUCCGCAGAACUGUUUGCACGCCUCGCGCUCGAGCGCUUUCCUCAGGUCGUGGAGACGAAGCUCCAGCUGAAUAGCCUCGUCCGACGGUUCCGGCGCUUGAAAAGCACGCGUGGUACGCUGGUUGUCGUCCACGGCAUUAAUCCGCGAGGCGCAUUCGACCCUCGUCUGGAACACGUCGCCAAGGCGUUCGCGGCUAUUGGCUUCGAUGUGUUUAUGCCGAACGUUCCGGCAUUGGAACAGCUGCUCGUACAGCCAUCGGGAGUCGACCAGAUCGAGCAGCUCGUUCUGAACCUGACACGGCAGCGUGAACUCUGCCCCGAUGGUCGACUGAGUCUCUUUGGCGCGUCCAUAAGCGGUGCCAUGUCCUUGAUUGCUGCGACGCGUCCGAGCAUCCGAGACAGGAUUAAAGCUAUCUGCAUUGUGGGCGGUUUCGCGAGCACCGCCACGGUGAGCGAGGAAAUCCUCAAGCUUCCGCCCGAUGCGGACGAUUACGGGCGCAACGUCAUGUUCUAUAACUUUGUGGAAUACGCUCUGGGUCCGAACGAUGCCCUGAAACAUGCUUUCUAUUUAGCUAUUCAUGACAAUCACUUUUUGCGAAGGGGCACUGCUGCCGAGGCGCUCCCCGGAUACCUCGCACAGGUCGAUGCAGAGGUGGCGUCCACGUACUGGCGCCUCCAGAAUGACGUCCCGUACCGGAUGCACAUCGCCGAGCGCGUCAUGGCGGAGACCGCGCAUCUGAUGCGCAUCCUGAGUCCAGUCGAGUAUGUCCACGAUUUGCGUUGUAGUCGAGUUGUUCUCGUGCACGGAAAAUUUGACGAAGUCGUCCCGGUAUCGGAAGCCGAGCUUUUGUACGCCAAAUUGCGAGCAGCGGGCAUGGACACAGCGCUUUGUAUUACCGGUUUUAUCGGGCACGGAGACAAAGUGCUUCCGCCCGAUUCUUUGGGCGUCGUUCUGCAGGACGCUUUACGAAUGGUGGACACCUGGGCGUCCUUUAUCGAAGCGGCUGCGCAGCGCGAUCGUCGAAAAGACCUCCGCGUUCACGCAUUCGAUACCACACUGUAA